CAUAAAUUCUUUUUAAAUAAUUGUUCUAACUAAUAUAAUAAUAAUAGUAACAUUUCCAGUUAAAUCAAAAUUUGUUUCAUUUCGAUGUAUGCCCUGUUGUCUCCGAGAUGUUGUCUUCUUCUUCUUCUUUGAAUUUAUAUGUUACUCGGACGAAUAAUAGUCAGGUCCCAAACUCCUUUUUGUCACAAUCUUUUUAUCAUUUUUUGCAAUCUUAUCGGCUAUGCUGGAAAACAGCGCAUCUGGAUUUCCGUGUGUCUCCUGGAUUAGUAUUUGUUAGACCAUUUAGCAGAAUGAAAUUAUGCAGAGCUUUUUACUGGGGUACCCAUUCAGAGGAGACAUCAAGCUUAUCGGAAUUAAGACAUCAAUUUAAUUCGAGUUACCUUGAAAGUGAACAAUCAAAUAACGAGGCCCAUUUUGAAAAAAGGUCAGAUAGGGAUAAGAAUGAAAUGCAAAGGCGGCAAAAAAUCGGAUUAUCAAACAAAGGGAGAGUUCCAUGGAACAAAGGCAAGAAACACACUGCCGAGACCCGUGAGUUGAUAAGUCGGAGAACGAAAGAAGCAUUAAAGGACCCCAAGGUGAGAAAGAAAAUGUCGGAAUGUCCUCGCACUCUUAGUGACCAAACAAAGGCUAAAAUACGCAUUACAAUUACACGACAAUGGAGAGAGCGCCUCAAGUUGAAAAGGUCAAGGGAAAAAUUUAUAUCAAAAUGGGCGGAAAGCAUUGCAGAAGCUGCUAAAAAAGGUGGGUAUGGUCAGCAAGAACUAGAGUGGGACAGCUACGAGAAGAUUGAAAGACAGAUUGCUUUUCAACAUCUUCAGCGUUCUGCUGAUUUAGCAAAAGCAAAGGAAAUGGCACAGAUACGAGCAGAAAGAAGAGCAAAAGCAAAAGCUGAGAAGGUGAAGAGUACUCUAAAGAAAAAGGUGGCAAAAGUAAAAGGGGUAGUGAAGAAGAAAUCUGAAGAAGAAAAAGAGGAGUUGGCUGCGGCUGAAGAUCUUAAACUGAAAGAGAGAUUAACCAAGAUUCACAGGAAAAAAUCUGUAACAGAUCAGCUUAGUAGUCGACAUCAGAGAGCUUGGGAAAAACUUGACAUUGAGUUAUUGAAAAGAGACAUGAGGAAAGAAGACAUUUCCCUUGCAGAUCAAAUUCGUGAUGCUAAGAACAAAAAAGCAGAGGUCUUCAUCAGAGGAACUCUGACUACCACACCCUUCAAUCAUCCAUCCCCUUAGAUUAAGCUUUGGUGCAGAAAGCAUCUUGUAACAAUUUUUUAUCUUAAGUUGUGAAUGUGAUCUUCAUUUUGAUCGUGUUCUUGUUGAAAAUAUUUGGUGGAUGCAGAUUCUUAACUUCAGUACAAGUCAGAUAAGUAGAUUUUUA